AGUGAUCGAGUUAAUCUGGAAACAAAUAGUGAAAAACUGAAAAUACGUCGAGAUCUGCAAAGACGACUAGCAGAGCCUCUCUCAUCUGCUCAGGCUAUUGAGGUGAAGAGGACUCCAUGAAUUCAGGGAUAGUGGUACUAGUAGUGAGAGUGCAAUAAUUUUUUUUCUUCCUGAAUUUCGAUAACAUCAACAAGUUCUGAAAUCUGAAUUGGACGAAAAAUGGCGGAAUUCAUGGACCUGGAAGCGCAAGACGGGGUGAGGAUGGCGUGGAACGUGGUGCCAGGGACGAAGCAAGAAGCGGCGAACUGCGUUGUACCGGUUUCCGCCAUCUACACUCCGAUCAAGCCCUUCCCGAAUAUGCCUCUCCUUCCCUACGCUGCUCUUCGCUGCCGCACUUGCCGUUCGGUCCUCAACCCCUUCUCAAUCGUCGAUUUCAUCGCUAGGAUCUGGAUCUGCCCGUUCUGCUUCAAUCGGAACCACUUCCCGCCUCAGUAUUCGUCCAUCUCCGAAGACAAUCUUCCCGCCGAGCUCUUCCCUAACUACACUACAAUUGAGUAUGCCGAGCCUCAGUCUUCUCCUCCUCUCCCUCCUCCGGUCCUACUCUUUGUCGUCGACACCUGCAUCAUUGAGGAGGAGAUGACAUUCCUCAAGUCCGCCCUCUCUCAGGCCAUUCAUCUCCUUCCGGAUAAUUCACUUGUGGGACUCAUCACCUUUGGCACCUUUGUCCAGGUCCACGAGCUUGGCUUCUCUCAGAUCCCCAAGUCCUACGUUUUCAGGGCUACCAAAGACCUCGUCUCCAAGGACCAGCUCCUUGAACAUAUGAGCUUCUUCCUCAAGAAGCCUAAGCCCCCUACUGGUGUUGUUGCUGGAGCUAGGGAUGGUCUCUCUCCGGAGAGCAUCGCUCGCUUCCUCUUGCCCGCCUCUGAGUGCGAGUUUGCACUUGAGUCGGUUUUGGAGGAGCUUCAGAAAGAUCCUUGGGCCGUCCCUGCUGAUCAGCGGGCUAUCAGGUGCACUGGCACAGCCUUGAGUGUGGCUGCCAGCUUGUUAGGAGCUUGUGUUCCUGGUUCGGCUGCUAGAAUCAUGACAUUUGUUGGUGGCCCGGCUACGGAAGGACCUGGUGCUAUUGUGUCAAAGAAUCUAUCUGAGCCAAUCCGUUCACACAAGGACCUUGACAAAGAUUCUGCUCCCUAUUAUCACAAAGCUGUCAAGUUCUAUGAGGGACUUUCCAAACAGCUUGUACAUCAAGGACACGUGCUUGAUUUGUUUGCUUGUGCCCUGGACCAGGUAGGUAUGGCUGAGAUUAAAGUUGCAGUUGAAAGAAGCGGGGGGCUUGUUGUGCUAGCAGAAAGUUUUGGACAUUCAGUAUUUAAGGACUCUCUUAGACGUGUUUUUCAAUCAGGCGAAAAUGAUCUUGGUUUAUCAUCGAAUGGUAUAUUUGAGAUAAACUGCUCAAAGGAUAUUAAAGUUCAGGGAGUUAUUGGACCUUGUGCAUCUCUUGAAAAGAAAGGUCCUCUGUGCUCUGACAAUGUAGUUGGCCAGGGGGGGACUAGUGCUUGGAAGUUGUGUAGCCUUGACAAUGCUACAUCCCUGAGCAUAAUAUUUGAAAUUGCCAGGAAGGACAGCCCGGAAGCUACUGUUCAAUCCACAAGCAAUCAAUUCUAUUUUCAAUUUGUAACUUAUUACCAGCAUAACAGUGGUCAAAUGAGACUUCGUGUUACAACCCUGUCAAGAAGAUGGAUAGCUGGUCCUGGAAGCAUACAGGACUUGAUAGCUGGAUUUGACCAAGAAGCAGCUGCAGUAACCAUGGCACGAAUUGUUUCUUCCAAGAUGGAAAUAGAGACUGAGUUUGACCCCAUAAGAUGGCUGGACAAAGCUUUGAUACAUUUGUGUUCUCGGUUUGGAGACUUCCAAAAGGACAGCCCUUCUUCUUUCAGCUUAUCUCCACGGCUUUCAAUAUUUCCUCAGUUUAUUUUUCAUUUACGGCGUUCACAGUUUGUCCAGGUCUUCAAUAACAGCCCAGAUGAGACGGCAUACUUCAGAAUGAUCCUGAAUCGAGAAAAUGUGGCCAAUUCAGUUGUGAUGAUUCAGCCUUCAUUGAUUUCUUACUCGUUUCAUUCAGGACCAGAACCGGCACUUCUUGAUGUGGCUGCCAUUGCAGCUGACAGGAUCCUGCUUUUGGACUCUUAUUUCACAAUUGUUAUAUUUCAUGGUGCAACUAUUGCUCAGUGGCGAAAAGCUGGAUAUCAUAAUCAGCCUGAACAUCAGGCGUUUGCCCAGCUGCUGCAAGCUCCUUGCGAUGAAGCUGAAGCUAUAAUCAAGGAAAGGUUUCCAGUUCCUCGUCUGGUCGUUUGUGAUCAGCAUGGUUCACAGGCCCGUUUUCUCCUUGCAAAGUUGAACCCUUCUGCUACAUAUAACUCCGAAGCUCCCGUUCCAGGUGGAGACGUCAUAUUUACUGAUGAUGUUAGCUUUGAGGUUUUCUUGGAUCAUCUGCAGAGAUUGGUAGUUCAAUAAAAUUUUUGACAUUGCUUCAACAAUUUUGUAAAAUUUGUCUUCAAAUUUUUGUACAGUAGUCCAUUCCACUUACUUCAGGCAUUUUUGAGUUCGUUAUUUACAGAACAUGUUAUGUUUUAUGUUUUGAUUUCUGUGGAAUGUUAUCCGAGCCCCCACUUCAUCCGA